UGUUCUUUCUCACUUUCCGUUGCGAGUUUGUACUGAUGAUUGAACAACGCGUGCGUGUGCCUAUCGAAAUAGUAAAGUAUCCGGUUUUCAGAAUAAUUUUAUUGGUUCUGUGCCAAUUUGCAAGUAUGAUCAGUGUCGGAAGUAACCAGGUCCACGAUGUUAGCGCCGUUCGAUCAGCAGACGUCAACAUGGACGAUGAUGUUAUUUCCGAACUAAGAAGCAUAAUUGUGAGUCGUAGCAAGGAAGGAGCUACGAUCGAGGAAAUCAUAGCUGGAUUUAUAUUCGAAACAGAUGAUUACAAACAUCACACCAACGAAAAUCUAUUGUCGAUAUAUCGCGACCGUGAAGAGAUUGCCAGAUACCUGCGACAAAUAAAUGGCGUCUGGUCAACCUUCACUCCACCUGACGGGCCGUACCUAUGGUAUUGUAACACACAAAGGACACAACAUCUUGCUGACAUGAUUAAGAAACAGAAAAAUCCACGCAUAAACAAUAACACAAGAUACGACAUCCCGAGAUAUCAGCUUCCCAGCACACCCUACAGUACUAGCACAAAGGUCAGCGAGUCUGGACAGCGGGAGAAGUUCUUCGAGGACAAUAGGCAUUUCAUACCUAAACGAAACGCUUGGAGCCGUGUUCAAUCGCGCGCUGUUCCUUAUUUGCAACCCCAAAGACGACAAAUGCAGCAGGGAAAGUACACGACGCAGCGAAGAUACUACUCCAAUGCGCCAUACACGGGGCCCAACUUUUGCGGUUACCAAAUGAUCGGAGACGACUUUUUCCUUUCGCUUGCUAGAUGGGAAUUGGGAUUUGCGUUUGACCCAGGACAUGCCAUCCAAAAAAGUGGCCUUUGCAUAUCCGGCUUGACGAUCGCGGAAGCGGCGAACCGUGUGCUGAAGGCCACUAACAUUAACGAUCGGGUCAUAGUUAACGUUGGCGCGGUGGAUCUCUUGCACGGGUAUGAAUUCGUCGAUAUGAAAAAUGAUUUAUUUCAAUUGAUGAAAAACUUGGCGCUCCGUGGUGCAUCCGUGAUACUGACCACGGUAUCUCCGAUAGCCAACUGCUCCCACAUACGGGGCAUAACGGAUCGACUAGAACAAUUCAAUGACCUUAUUCGCGAACAGCGGAAUAGCAUAGACCUGUGGCAGUGUUUUGUCAACGAGAAAAAGAACACCUUGUAUGAGUGCUUCCAACCAGGACCAAGAUAUGUUAGUGGCAGUAAUCAGCCGCACGUGCUCUGGAACAAACUCGGACGUCAACGGAUUAUUAAAUUUCUGAAGCAACAUCUCGCAGAAUUUGUUUAGGAUCCUAACAUAAUGUUCUAGCGUACUCACUUAUUUUAAUUUGUAUUAGGUGUUGUAAUUCGUAAAUUGUAGUUUUUGUAAUUGUGAUGUUGUUUGUGUACUGUUAGACAUCUUUUUCAUGUAAAUGUCUCAAUCGUAGCUGGUAUUGAGAUCGACCUAGCUUAGAUUUAUUUCAAGGAAAAUAUUUUCGAUACCCGGUGCAUUGAAAAUAGUUUCCUUGCAUAAAACUCAUUCGAUUGAUUUCUUUUUUACCGGAUAAAGAAAUCAACUGAAUGCAGUUUUGAUGAACCCAUAACUGCCAACAUCUUCACAAAGAAUCGCAGGCGAAUAUCUAAUUGACUUUGUUGGCUUCCAAUUUACUCCACUGGGUGACCGGUUCCCACUGGAUGCUAAGCAGGAUGUUAUGUUAAAUCUAUAGAUUAUGCUUGAUCACAACACCACAACGACAUCAGUAAUCGUCAGAGCUCAAACAAUUUAUACUAUUGUAGAUCUACUAUUUUUAAGCUGAAAAAGAUUAUAUAUUUACAAAUUUGGAAAUGCUCAGGAUGAUGCAAACGUGAUAUGAGUAAAUGUUUUGUAUUUGUUAUAUGUAAUUUCAAUAAAAUUGUAUGUUAAAUGUCGUAAA